AGGAACCAGCAGAGAUCGUCUGACAUCAGAGACGUGCGGCCUCAACAGCUCACAUCAGCGGGCAAAAUGGACUGAUAAACACCACUGUUUGGGGCGAUGUUCAGAUUUGUUUGCCAUGGAAACGGAUAUGACACCAAAAUUCUCCUCAAAAGACGAGGAAAUUGACUUCUGGAAGACUCUUUCUCUCAAGUACAAGGAAAGCUGCCAGGAGGCCCGGGAGGAGCUGCUGGAGUUCCAGGAGGGGAGCAGGGAGCUGGAGGCCGAGCUGGAGGCUCAGCUGGGCCAGGCCGAGCACCGCAUGAAGGACCUGCAGUCUGAGAACGGACGACUCAAGAACGAGGUAGACUCGCUCAAGGAGAGGUUUGAGCAUCAGUACGCUCAGAGCUACAAGCAGAUCUCCAUGCUGGAGGACGACCUCGGGCAAACACGCAGCAUCAAGGAGCAGCUCCACAAAUACGUCCGAGAGCUCGAACAGUCCAACGACGACCUGGAGAGAGCCAAGAGAGCGACCAUCAUGUCUCUGGAGACCUUCGAGCAGCGUCUGAACCAGGCCAUCGAGAGGAACGCCUUCCUGGAGAGCGAGCUGGAUGAGAAGGAGUCGCUUCUGGAGUCUGUGCAAAGAUUAAAGGACGAAGCCAGAGACAUGCGGCAGGAGCUGGCUGUACGAGAGAGGCAGUCGGACGUGACCAGGAUGUCGGCUCCAAGUUCGCCCACACAGGAGAACGAGAAGAUGGACACUGCCGUUCAGGCCUCCCUCUCUCUCCCUGCAACCCCACUGAGCCAAGGUCUGGACAACGCCUUUGCCAACCCGACAGCUCUGUCAAACGGUUUUGGCAGCAACUCUCCGUUGACUCCUUCUGCCAGAAUAUCGGCCCUCAACAUCGUCAGUGACUUACUCCGGAAAGUCGGGGCUCUGGAGUCCAAGCUCGCCGCUUGCAGGAACUUUGCCAAGGACCAGAAAGCCAGGAAGGCGUACGGUCUGGACAACAGCAACGCGCUCAACGCAAACACAACCAACUACUCGCAAUCGCUCCACACGUCGUAUUAUGACAAAGCGACAGAGAUGGUCACGUUCCCUGCAUUGAUUCUUGGUAAUCGUAGCUCCUCCCGUUGUGUCGGGGCGCGUUCAUGCAUGCUGCUGGUGGUUUUAACAAAUCUCUUUUCCCAUUUGGAGCUCGUAGAAAUAACCAUGACUGUGGGAUAGAUGGUGUCCACUAACUGUAAUGGUGGUGGAAUUUUACCGCUGUCCUUUUUAACUCUAAGGUGAACGAAUAGAUCUCUUUUCCUACUAGUGCGAGUUGUUUAUGCUUUGUGUUGGUCCUAGGUCUAACCAUUCAUUUUAAUUAACAAGGUACAUUUUAAAACAAUGUUUGUCAGAAGCCUCAAGGAAGAGAAACUUGAUGACAAAAACUACAUUUACUCACAGAAGCUGACAAAAAUAAGUCUACAAAUCCCAUAAAAAGACCAAAACCAACCAUGUGUUAGUGUUCUCUCAAUACUUUCUGACUUCCCUGCCCUUUCUCAUUGGUUCCCACUGAAUAUAUCAACCUUUUAAAUACAAAUAUAUAUAUAUAGUUUAUUUUAAGUCUACAGCCAUGGUGGCAGCUCUGUCAGGCUGUAACAUUUACACUUUCACUCAAAACCACAAAUCAUGAUGGCGAUGGAGGAAAAGUCAGAGAAGCACCAAAGUCAGUAUGAUACAUCGUCUGGGGACCAGGAAUGUUUGUUCAUUCAGGGAGUAGGACAGUGCGUGUGGGAUGGAGUCAGAAUAAACUACAGUGAGUGUGUUCACGGUGAUGAAGGAACAACGGUGAAGCUCACUGAUGACUCAGAGGAAGAGAAAUACAGAAUAAUCACCAGACUUCUCCUUUUGAAAGUGAAUCCUAUUUGUAUGCUCAGCUCUGUUUCCCUCUGCUCGUGUUGUUGUGUGAGGCCGGUGGUGUGACGCUGUUCAGUGUCUCUGCAUAUUGAGACGCACAGACAACGAUGUCAUUGUCCUUCUGGUGUCAGGAGGAGGGCGUUUGUUAUGUUCACCUUCAGGCAGUUCUUACUGUAAUAGAGGACGAUGUGAUGAGAAUAGAGCCGAGUGUUGAAUCUCCGUACUUUUUUAAGUACUGACCAAAUUGUUUACACAUUCAUUCAUCAGAUACUCCCUGUUCUAAAACGAGGAACUAUAUUUUAUUUUAUUUAACACUUUAACAUAUUUCCAUGAAUCAUAAACAUGAAUUCUGAUGCCUAAUCUUCCAUGAAAUAAAGUUUCAAAAGAGGAACAUGUGUUGUGUUGACACUGCCAUGGAAAGUUUUCAAACUUUACCAGCCCUAGAUUUAGAAUGAUCUAUCUUUCAUUCAUACUGAACGGUGCUGAGUCAUGACUCAGGUCUCAACCAAACACAGAGAUACUGCUCAUAGUGGGACUAUCGCUCACAGAGGAAACCAGUUCAACCAGUCGGCCAGACUAACUCUGCAGCUUCCUUUUCUACUUUCAAGUUCCAUUUAUAGCAACAAACGCAUAACUUUAAAAGACGUCAUCGCUGUUGAGGAGCUGCAGCGUCCUCUUUGUGUGAAAGGAUGAUGAUGAUGAUGAUGAGUUCAUAAUGAGGAGGAAGAGUUUAUUUACAAUCGGCAUCCCUUACUAUGGGAGUCCAAAUCUGCCAGGAAAAGAUAAAUAGACUAAUCAUUAUAUUGAAUUUAGUUUAUUUAGAGUGAAGGUCGGCUGACUUUAUAAGCAAAAGUUAAUUACAAAAAACCUUAAUAAUUUGGGCAAUUCAUUAAAUAAAAGAGAUGCACUUGUUAACCCAACUGAAAAUCAUUUGUAAUUUAAGUUUAUGUUCCCUUCUUGUUGAAUUGUUUGAUCAACUGAAACUUUUUGACCUCAGCCUCAACUUUUUUUAGUUUUGUGUAAAAAUGUAUAUUUCAUAAUUCUGACCUACGAUGAGUAUUGUUCAUUUUUGUCACUCCUAACUGUUCCUGUCAGAAAUGGGCUUCCAUACUUUUCGGCUUGUUUCAUCAUCGCUGCUUAAAAACAAGCAGCUUUCCUUUGGAGGCUUUGAUCUGUAACUCAUCAGCGGUUGGUUGUUUUUCUGAGACCUUUCUGUUUAAAUGGAACUCUGUUCU